AUGAUGCUCAUCAAGCUGCUGUGUCUAUCUCUGCUCUUCGCUGGCGUUCUCGCCGUGAUGACUGAGCAGGACCAUCAGAUGCAUCAGAGAGCGCAGCAAAUUCAGAAAGACCUGCUCCACAGAGACGGCAAGGAGUGGGAUCUGGCCGGUUCGUUUGACGCAAAUUCUCUACCCGAGUUCCACCCGGAAGCGUACGAGCAAAUGAUGAGCGAGGGCGUCCACCCCGUCACCGCUGGACGGAAUUGGAAUCUCAACCCCUUCCGAACGCAGCCAAGGCCUACGGCUCAAUAUUACUUCAGUGUCAUCCAUCACAACAGCCCAUUGGGAUGGCAGAUGGGAUUGGUGGAUGAUCAAUUUGGAAAUCACGCGACCGGGAUGGUUCUGUGGAAGCAAACCAAGUCUGGGCACCCCGUCCUGCUUCAUGUGGAUCUUCUACGUGAUCAGGGAUUCAUUUGGGAAAAGAAACUCGUCCCUCUGGACGACGUCAUGAAGCAUGUUCACUAA